ACGAGCAGCCCAUCAACGAGGAGCAGGCGUGGGCCGUGUGCUUCCAGAGCUGCCGCGGGCUGCGGGGCGCCCCGGGCGGCCGGCGCCGCGUCCGGGACACGGCGGACCUCCUGCUGCGUCGGGACGGCUCGGUGGGCGCGCGGCGGGAGCCGGGCGCUCCGGAACCCGCAACGAUCAUGGUGCCACCAGCCAGCUCGGAGGCCCAGAUGGUGCAGUCUCUGGGCUUUGCCAUCUACCGCGCGCUGGACUGGGGCCUGGCCGAGAGCGAGGAGCGUGAGCUCAGCCCCCAGCUGGAACGGCUCAUCGACCUCAUGGCCAACAGCGACGGCGACGAUGGCAGCUGCGGGGCAGACGAAGGCUACGGUGGCCCGGAGGAGGAGGAGGAGGCCGAGGGCGGCCCACGCGCUGUGCGUACCUUCGCCCAGGCCAUGCGGCUGUGCGCGGCGCGCCUGACCGAGCCCCGCGGCGCCCAGGCGCACUACCAGGCCGUGUGCCGCGCGCUCUUCCUGGAGACGCUGGAGCUGCGCGCCUUUCUCGCCCGCGUGCGUGAAGCCAAGGAGAUGCUGCAGAAGUUCCGGGAGGACGAGCCACAGACAGAGAAGCUGACGGAACUUGACGACCUGGGGCGCACAGACUGGGCCAGACUCUGGGUCCAGCUCAUGCGGGAGCUGCGCCACGGAGUGAAACUUAAGAAGGUACAGGAGCAGGAGUUCAACCCGCUGCCCACGGAGUUCCAGCUCACGCCCUUCGAGAUGCUCAUGCAGGACAUCCGUGCCCGCAACUACAAGCUGCGCAAGGUCAUGGUUGAUGGGGACAUCCCUCCCAGGGUGAAGAAGGAUGCCCAUGAGAUCAUCCUGGACUUCAUCCGUUCAAGGCCACCACUGAAGCAGGUCUCAGAGAGGAGGCUGCGCCCAUUGCCACAGAAGCAGAGGACCCUGCACGAGAAGAUCCUGGAGGAGAUCAAGCAGGAGCGGAAGCUGCGGCCGGUGGGAAGCUCGCGCUGGGACAGCCGAGGGUUCGGCUCUCUGCCCUGCAUCCUCAGUGCCUGCUCUGGGGAGAUCAAGUCCACUUCCUGCAUCAACCUGGCCAUCCCUGGUGGCGGGAGCAGCACCCAGCGUCCGAGACCCCGGGUCCUGCUGAAGGCACCCACCUUGGCAGAGAUGGAGGAGAUGACCACGUCAGAGGAGGAGGAGUCCCCAUGUGGUGAGCCUGAGACAACCUUGAAGCGUGACCGCUCCUUCUCAGAGCAUGACCUGGCCCAGUUCCGCAGUGAGAUGACCCCGGGCCUGCCCGCCGCUGAGCCCUCUGCAGCAGCAAAGCCACUGGCCCGGCCCAGAGCAGGCAGCAUGCACACUUGGAGACCCAGCACCCAGGACCGGGGUCGCCUCCCUGAGAGCGUCCACACCCCACCUGACCCCGGUCCAGCCCCUCCCAGCCGCCUGAGCGCAGUGGAGGAGAGGCAGGAGGCCACUUCCAACCUGGACAGCCAGACCAAGCACCGGUGGUUGGAGUUCAGUCACCCGGUGGAGAGCCUGGCACUGACGGUGGAGGAGGUGAUGGCCGUGCGCCGGGUGCUGGUGAAGGCAGAGAUGGAGAAGUUCCUGCAGAACCGGGAGCUCUACAACAACCUGAAGAAGGGGAAGAUCUGCUGCUGCUGCCGAGCUAAGUUCCCGCUGUUCUCCUGGCCCGCCACCUGUGUCUUCUGUAAGAGAGCCGUGUGUUCUUCCUGUAGCAUAAAGAUGAAGAUGCCGUCGAAGAAGUUUGCACACAUCCCCGUGUACACACUGGGCUUUGAGAGUCCACAGAGGGCGGCUGGAGGCAGGACCAUGCCUGCACAGAGAAAAGACAUCUUCCAGUCCCUGCAGGGGUCCCAGUGGCGGGGUGUUGAGGAGGAGUUCCCUCACAUCUAUGCCCAUGGCUGCAUCCUGAAGGGCGUCUGCAGCGACUGCACCAGCUUCGUGGCCGACGUGGUCCGCUCUAGUCGCAAGAGUGUGGACAUUCUCAACACUACACCACACCGUGCCCGCCAGACCCAGUCCCUGUACAUCCCCUCCACUCAGACUCUGGAUUUCCAGUGACCUCCCUUGGGGCACAGCGGCCCCGCCUACUGGCUGUGCAUGUACAUAUUUACAGACAUAGACACAUUUAUUUAAUAUAUACACGGCCUCUAUAUUUAUAUUCAUGGCUCCUGGCCCCUCAGGACCCUCCCUGGGGAGACCAUUUCCUCUCAGGAUCAGGAAUAGGAUGGAGGGUUCUCGGUAGAGCAGGGUCAGGGGUAAGACCCACCCCCCCACCCCACCCCUCACUCAGCUCUCACUGCUUCCCCAUCCUCCCGCGAUGCCCUCCUGGAGUUCUCCCUAGGUGGACAUCCAGCAUGGGGAAAGAACAAGGUAUCCUGCACCUAGCAGCUCCCCUUCAAGGACUUGGCAAGGGCCGCACUGAAUUUCAUCCGGCCCCACACCUCAGGGACAGAUCUUGCUGUGCCCUUCUACUGGUCUGCUGUCCACACCUACCCUGGCUCAGCCCUGCUCCUCCCUGGCUACCCACGGCCUGCAUGGGCUCCCCUCACCAGGCUGUCAUUUCAGCCUGGAAGGGCCUGGGAGUUCUGGGCUGCCCCUGGACCAGCUCUGUAAGUUUGUACCCAUGGCCAUACUAGGCCUAAUAAAGAUGGUCUCAUUGCU